UGGCUGCCAUUUUGUGAAAGAAUGUAACGUGUGGUUGGAAUUUUAAGCUUUUUUGUGCCGUUGUUGGGAACUUUACCCCGUGUGGUAUGUUAAUUUGUAUUGUCAAUGGUCCUGUGAGAAACAGUGGCAUUAAUUAAACUCGCUAUUUUUCUAAAUAUUGAGGUCAAUUUUGAAAAGCCCAGAGGAAUGUGGUAAACAUGAUGUUGAAGUAAAUAUACUGAGUAUUCAGAAAAUGGCUUUAAAAUCCAUCUGGAAAAGGUAUUGGACUUCUCCAGACACAUAUCGAGCUCCAGAGAAAGAUGAGCAUAUGAUCGUCUCAGAAACAUUAAUGUCAGAGCUUGAUCAUCACAUCAAGGAAAUGGAGCGGUUGUAUCGUGAACAGGAUCAUGAAGAGGAGAAACGAAGAACAGGGGUCGAUUAUAGUUGGCUCGUCAGUGAACAGCCAAAAGGCUAUGAAAUUCCACAACUCGAAAGACUUGAGCUCGAAGAACUCUGUUACAAAGUGAGCUCAACUGAGUGUGGGAAAAUAGUAGCAUUGUUUCGAGAUGCAUUGCUACGUGAACCCGGCGUUAGAGACUUGACUCGAAUCAUGCGUGCUUGUAUUGCGCAGGUCGUGGAACAAAGACCCAAGGAGGAAAGUUUAACAGAAUGGUUAACAAGAAGGAGUCUGACAAGUUUAAAACUACGGCAAGUGACAAAGGUAGCUCCAAGUGCAGAGAUGGAAGAUAUAGAAAUGCAGAAUCCACCUCGACGUGAAAAUCGGGCCAUGAGUAUGCCAAAUUUUUCUGUUAGCCUUUAGAUUUGCCAAAAAAAGAUUCCAGAAUCCACAACCUCUUCAGAAAAAAAAGAUUUAUCAUUAAUCCAACGUGUUGACUGUUGGGUAUUCAUCAUUGAUACAACAGUGUUGAGUGUAGGUAAUUCAAACCAAACACUGUGAGGAAUAUAACAGUGCUUGUAUAAAUAUUUGAAUAUUCCCAAUGAAAUAGUUUAUCAAGGUUAUCUGAACAGAUUUUAGGGUAUUUGGUAUUCCAUGUCAAUUCAAACUAAUGGAAUUUGAUUUGUUUUUCUUUUUGUCCCUAAUAUAAACUAUUGCAUGAAAUUAAUUCAGUGAAGUCAGUCAAUAUUCAAUAAAUAUUCAAAU